AACAUGCCCCUGAUUCAGUGCCUCCGCUUAGCUGUUAACAACAUGUUAAUCAGAACUGCCUGGCAUCUUCCUGAACAAGACUUUCAAUAGGGGCCAGUAUGCUUCGCUUCAUCCAGAAGUUUUCUCAAGCAUCUUCAAAGAUGCUGAAGUACUCUUUCCCAGUGGGACUAAGAACCAGCAGAACAGAUAUACUUUCUCUCCAGAUGUCUCUCCAGCAGAACUUUUCCCCAUUUCCAAGGCCUUGGCUUUCUUCAUCAUUUCCAGUGUAUAUGAGCAAGACACAGUGCUAUCAUACAUCCCCCUGCAGCUUUAAAAAGAAGCAGAAGCAAGCACUUCCAGCCAGGCCACCAAGCACCAUCACUUACCUAACUGACAGCCCAAAGCCAGCAUUAUAUGUAACUCUGGCAGGACUAAUCCCCUUCAUUGCUCCACCACUGGUCAUGCUGAUGACAAAAACUUAUAUUCCCAUAUUAGCUUUUACUCAGAUGGCUUAUGGAGCCAGUUUCCUAUCUUUCUUGGGUGGGAUCAGAUGGGGUUUUGCUCUACCAGAAGGUAGUCCAGCCAAACCAGACUACCUUAAUUUAGCUAGCAGUACAGCUCCUCUUUUCUUUUCAUGGUUUGCCUUCCUUAUUUCUGAAAGACUUAGUGAAGCCAUAGUCACAGUAAUAAUGGGUAUGGGGGUAGCAUUCCACCUUGAACUUUUUCUCUUACCACAUUAUCCCAACUGGUUUAAAGCCCUGAGGAUAGCAGUCACUUUAUUGGCCACUUUUUCAUUUAUAAUCACUUUAGUAGUUAAAAGUAGUUUUCCAGAAAAAGGACAUAAGAGACCUGGUCAAGUAUAAAAAAUAUAAAAGUCUGGGAAGUGAGGAGUACCUCUGUCCGGCCACCGCCCCCUCUGGAAGUGAGGAGCGCCUCUGCCCAGCCGCUGCCCCGCCUGGGAAGUGAGGAGUGCCUCUGCCUGGCCGCCUGACCGUCUGGGAAGUGUGAGGAGCGCCUCUGCCCAGCCGCUGUGCAACCUUCCAAGUGUGAAGUGACAGCCUUGUGUGUGAUCUUUUCUGUCUUCCCCAAGUUUGCAUUUUCAACAUUAAAGUUUACUUUUUAGUUAAAAGUUUUAAAAAUAUAUAUAUAUAAAUACACUGUAGAUAACAUUUGUAUGCCAGCUACACCUUUUUCUACUUCUGUUUGGCUUUUUUCCCCACACCAAUGGUAAUUUAUUCUUCACAGAUUGUUCUUCAUUUCUAGAAAUUGUUAUUUCAUAGUAAUUACUUGAGCAAAAGCUUGAAAAUCCCUGAUAAGUACUUUUCAUCUCAUAGUAUAUUAGUUUUCACUCAGUCAUUUUAUGAAUAAUAUAGUUAUCCACUUAAACAUUUCAAUAUUUUAACUGUCUUGAAAAUUAAAGAUUAAAAAUCCCC